AUGACGUCUUACCUCAUCAUCGGUGCCGGCAACUUUGGUGCCGCCACAGCCUUGACCUUGGCCAAGCGGGAAGGAGCCACCAAAGUCACGCUCGUUGAUACCGCCGACUUUCCCAACCCUCGUGCCGCUUCGCACGACGUGAGCAAGAUUGUCCGCGACGACUACCCUGACAAGCUCUACAUGCAAUUGUUGAAAAAGGCCAUGCCCCUGUGGCGAAACCACGACCUAUACAAGACGUGGUAUCACCAAGUAGGCAUGCUGAGGGCUGACCCCUCCGACUUUGGCGAGCAGAGUAUUGCUUCAUACAAGGAGGUUGGCGUUGAGAACAGCUCGCACUUUCUGACUGUCAAGGAGGUUCGGCAACGAUGGAACGGCUCAUUCGCCACGGCCAACUUUGACGGCUUGGAGAAGAUCCUCUUCAACCCGACUGUGGGGUUUGCCGAGGCAGACAAAGCCCUCGGAGCAGUCGUCCAGGAAGCGGUCGACCGGGGUGUCAAGUACGUUGUCGGGGUGGUGGCCAAGAUCAACAUUGGUGCCGCCGGUGAGUGUACGGGAGUCACGCUGCGGUCUGGGGACACUCUGCAUGCAGACAAAACCUUGCUUGCCGCGGGGGCGCGCACCGCUGCCCUGCUGGUCCAGAGUGCGCCCGAGAAUCAACAAUUCCAUGCCGGUGACAGGCUGCUGGCAACCGGUGCGGUAAGCUUCUAUGCAAAGCUCCAAGGCGCCCAGAAGGAGAAGCUGUCGUCUAUCCCCGUGUUGAAGAACUGCCUGCCUCACGUCAAAGGCGAAGGCUUGUCGAUUCUCGCAGACGGCACCAUCAAGUUCAACUGUGACAUGUGUUUCACCAACUACGUCGACUGCCCCUUCACCGGGCAGCGUCUGUCCAUGGCACCCGAAGAAGGCGUGUACAAUCUCUGGACCGGGCCCAAGUUCAUCAAGUUAUUCCAGGAGCGCGCCAGAAAGACUCUAGACGGCCUAUACGGCAAAGAGGUGGAGGAUGUCGCCAUUGACGCCUAUCGCAUGUGCUGGGACGCAUCUACUCCAACGCACGACUUCCUGAUCACGCCACAUCCGCAUAGCCACGGCCUCUACGUGGCAACAGGCGGCUCGUUUCAUGGCUGGAAGUUUUUGCCAGUCAUUGGAGACUACAUUGCCGACAUGAUGCACGGCAGCCUUGAGACUGAGUUCGCUGAGCGCUGGGCCUGGGACAAAAAAGGCGGUGAUGGCCACUCGGCCAAUCCGACAUAUCAGAUCGUGGGAGAUCUGCAGGACUGGCUCUCGUGA